AUGCAGAUAGAAAACAGCACGGUGGUGACAGAAUUCAUCCUUCUUGGUCUGACUCAGUCUCGAGAGAUUUAGCUCUUGGUCUUUGUAUUGAUUUCAGUUUUCUACCUCAUCAUUCUCCCUGGAAAUUUCUUCAUCAUCCUCACCAUAAGGUCAGAUCUUGGGCUCUCAGCACCCCUCUAUUUCUUCCUGGGCAACUUGGCCUUUCUGGAUGCAUCCUACACCUUCAUUGUGACUCCCAAGAUGCUGGUACACUUCCUCCAGAAGAAGGUCAUAUCCUAUAGAGGCUGCAUCACCCAGUUGUUAUUCUUGCACCUCCUUGGAGGAGGGAGCCUUCUUGUCAUGAUGGCCUUUGACUGCUACAUGGCCAUCUGCCAGCCUUUACACAGUGCAACUGUCAUAGCCCUAAAGCUGCUAUGUAAGACUACUGGACUGGCUCUGUGGCUUGGAGGCUUUGUUCACUCCAUUAUUCAGGUGGCCCUCAUACUGAAUUUGCCUUUUUGUGGUCCAAACCAGUUGGACAACUUCUUCUGUGAUGUGCCACAAGUCAUUGAGCUAGUCUGCACAGAUAACUUUGUGGUAAAGCUUUUGAUGGUCUUCAACACUGGCCUAAUGGCCCCCAUGUGUUUUCUGGGGCUUCUGGCCUCCUAUACUGUCAUUCUAUGCCAUAUACAUGGCUCUUCAUCUGAGGGAAAGAAUAAGGCCUUGUCCACAUGCACCACGCAUAUCAUAGUUAUGUUCCUCAUGUUUGGGCCUGGCAUAUUCAUCUAUACUUGCCCAUUCAAGGCUUUCCCUGCUGACAAGGUGGUGUCUUUCUUCCACAUAGUCAUCUUUCCUUUGUUGAAUCUUGUAAUUUAUACACUUCACAACCAAGAAGUAAAAGCUUCUAUGAAGAAGUUGUUUAAUCUUCACAUAGUGUGA